CUGACGUCACGGAGUGAGGCCAAGGGUCACGCAAGAUGGCGGCGCCCAGGAGGCGCUGAGGCGUGGAGCUGAGGAUGGGGCUGGCGGCGCUGGCCGCCAGGGCUCGGCUGGGGUGGCGGCUGAGCGGGUCGGGACCGGAGCUGAGGCCGGGGCGAGGGCAUUGGACGGCGGCCGGGCGCUCGCGGAGCCCGCGCGAGGCAGACACGCCCGUGUUCCAAUAUGUGGGCGAGCGCGCGGCCCGUGCCGACCGCAUCUUCGUGUGGGGCUUCAGCUUUUCGGGGGCGCUGGGCGUGCCCACCUUCGUGAUGCCCGGCGCCGGGCCCGAGCCUCGCGCCGGCUCGCGGCCGCGACGCAGGAUCCAACCUGUGCCCUACCGCCUGGAGCUGGACCAGAAGAUUUCAUCUGCUGCCUGUGGCUACGGAUUCACAUUGCUGUCCUCUAAAACCAAGGAUGUUACGAAAGUCUGGGGCAUGGGACUCAACAAAGAUUCCCAGCUUGGAUUUCACAGGAGCCGCAAGGAUACUACCAGGGGAUACGAGUAUGUGCUGGAGCCCUCGCCUGUGCCGCUGCCUCUGGACAGACCCCAGGACACGCAGGUGCUGCAGGUCUCGUGCGGCAGAGCCCAUUCCCUCAUCCUCACCGACCGCGAAGGAGUCUUCAGCAUGGGAAACAAUUCUUACGGGCAGUGUGGAAGGAACGUGGUGGAAGAUGAAAUUUACAGCGAAAGUCACAGAGUCACUAGACUGCAGGACUUCGAAGGUCAGGUGGUUCAGGUCGUCUGUGGCCAGGACCAUAGCCUGUUCCUAACAGAUAAAGGAGAGGUGUACUCGUGUGGCUGGGGUGCUGAUGGGCAAACAGGUCUGGGUCACUACAAUAUCACCAGCGUACCCACCAAGCUGGGCGGAGACCUGGCCGGGGUGCACGUCGUCCAGCUUGCCACCUACGGUGACUGCUGCCUGGCCGUGUCUGCUGAGGGUGGCCUCUUCGGUUGGGGAAACUCCGAGUACCUGCAGCUGGCCUCUGUCACGGACUCCACGCAGUGUAACAUGUGUGCCCCAAAAGGGUGCAGAUCCCGAGUGUGCACCUGGAUGAGGACGCCUGUGCCCCCCGCCCCCUCGCCGCAAGCAGUGGGACACUCACAGUACUUCAGAAGCCACUGCCCGUGGCCUCUCCGGUCACCGCGCCCUCCUCCUCACUGAAGGGAGUUACCCGUAGUCCGUACAGUACGGCAGGAUUUUAAACGUUAAGGGAAAUUGCAAAUAAAAACCAAAAGUAGAGCUCCCUGCAUGAUUAAUCUCUCUGUAUCUCUCACCCGUGUUCAACGAUUUCCAACUAAUGGCCCAUUUAAAAAGAAGAAAACAGAUGUAAUUCACCAUUUUCAAGUGUAGAAUUUGGUGGGUUUUAGCGGAGUCCCAGGUUGUGCAGUGGGCUAAUCCCAGAACAGUUUCAUUACCUGCCGCACUCCCUCCCCUGCCCCCCAGCCAAAAGCCCCUUGCCCUAAUGGCCAGUUUUUGUUGCCAUCUGCUCCUCUGCCUUGGAUUAUUCUGAGUAAAUCCCAGGUCUGUGUAUAUAUUUUAAGUUUACUUAUUUAUUUUUGAGAGCGAGUGCGGCAGAGGGAGACCGAGAAUCCCAAGCAGGCUCUGCACCGUCAGCCCAGAGCCCGAGGCGGGGCUCCGACUCCACAACCCAUGAGAUCGUGAACUGAGGCGAAACCAAGGGUUGGACGCUUAACUGACUGAGCCACCUAGGCUCAGGUCAGACAUCAUAUUUUAUCCAUAAAAGUCUCCAUACAUAUUUCUAAAAGAUAAGGACUGGGGUGCCAGAGUGGCUUAGUCCGUUAAGCGUCUGACUCUCGAUUUCGGCUCAGAUCAUGAUCUCGAGGUCGUGAGGUCGAGUGCCGCGUCAGGCUCCAUGCUGGGCGUGGAUCCUGCUUGGGAUUCUCUCUUUCCCCUCUCUGCCUGUGCCUUACUGUCUAUCUCUCAAAAUAAAUAAGUAAACUGAAAAAAAAAAGAUAAGGACUAUUUAAAAAACAUACUUUAUUCCUUAAUAUCACCAAAUUGCUGACAAGGUACAGAGGGUUUUAAAUGUAUAUUGAUAAAGAGAUCAGCACGGAGAGAAACUAAAAGCCAGUGAAGAAGAUGAGGAGAACGUGUUCCAUGGGGUCCGACACAGCGGCUAGAAGCAGUUGCAGGUUUGGUUCUGAGCUUCCUAGUAGCCAAAGCAGAGAAGAAAACGUACCCAUGUAAAUGAUUCUUUGUUUCUAUAAGACAAACAAAUGCUGUUUUCGGGAAGAGUGUUGCACUUCCUGCUACCGGUCCUGAGAAAAAUGGCUCCCGCGGCCUUCCUGUGGGGGACACGUCCGGUGUCGUGGCAUUGUUAUCGCUGCAUGUCAGCGAUAUGUUUAAACCCCG